AAAAUAAACAAUAUAAUUGCAGGUAACAAGUAGAAGAUCAGGUGCUGAAGUGUGCGAUUGUCUGGACGAGAAAAAAAUUUAAAAAAAAACCGAUAUCGAUUGAAAUGUCGAGGCCAAUAUUGAGCAGGCCGCGUACACGCGUCUACGGAUGCAAUUACGAUAAAGGAGAGUCAUACUACAAACCAAUGGUGGAUCACCUGGAUCGCAAGUACAGCGGAAGGCCAUUAUUUCCAGAAGCUAGGACAUCCCUUGCUGAUGAGAUUGCAGCAAGACGUAGCGACAUCGGCAGCCGGGACUUGGCGGGUCCUAGAGCGAGCACCUACGCACGUGACCUUGACCUCGAAUUUGAUACACCUCGACCCCGCACCCAAGCCCCAACCCUGUACGAGGACGACGAGGACACAGUGUACGACAUACGCGGCCAACGGACAAAUCGUCGCAACUUGUCCGACGAUUUUGCAAGUGAAAUUGCCGCAACGACGCGCCGUUUCAAAGCGCACGCGGCAAGUUUGAGUUACGACAGCGAGCACUACGACGAUUUGCGACGCAGUGUGACGGAUAGACGUCAGGAUGUCAUGGAGAAAGUGACGGAGUCGGCGAAGAGUGCCCUCGAGGAAGCAGACGUGGCAUUCAAGAGACGAUCAAAAUUGCUGAGCGAUACCGAGGGUGAGAGAAGUGCAGCGAUGACGAGAUGGUCCAAAUUGGCUGACGUAGAGACGGAGACGUCGGGUGCUGCGUCGCGCGCACGUCAAACUAAGGCCCGGCUCAAUGACCUUGAGAGUGAAAUGGAGGAAAUGGCGGAGAGACAGGCAAAGCGCGAAAGACGCGCUGCAGCUCUCAGGGCGAUGGUCAACGAGACUGCGACAGCUGAUGAUUUUGUCCAGGAAGCCGUCAAGAGCGUCAAGUGCGAACGCAGCGAGAAGCAUGUGUCCUUUUAAUUUUCACCCUCAUAUCACCUCCUUUUAUCUAUCACCUCUCUGUUAUCUCUCUUUCUCUAUCACUUUCUCUCAUCUUUCUUCUUAUUCUCUCUCACUCUCUCAUUCGAUUUUUCUCAUUUUUCAUCAAUUACGAAAUUGAAUUGCGCGCCACUCGUGUUCCAGAUGGCGCGACCGUCUAAUCAAUGACAUGAGAAAAUUCAUAAUUUCUGGUAUUUAAUGAAUCGAUGAGUCAUCAAUGUCAUGUCUCAUUUAGAAGAGAAGAAUUUUAAUGAGAUAUGAUUUAUUCAUCCCUCGAGUACUUUCUGGUAUUGAUCUCCAGUGAUUACAGACUUGAAUCGGAUGUUGUUGGUCGCAUGAAGAGGGAAUCCCCGGCUUUUAUAUUUUGUCAGUUCGACGGUAAAGGAAAGAGGAGAGGUGAAAUAUAUUAAAAUGUGAGAAACGAAUGACUUGUGUGACUUCCUAGCAAUAGGAAAUCUUUUUCUCUGUUCAGCUCAAUUGAGAUUAUAUGAAUUGAUAUGAAUUAUCCUGAAUUAUCCUGAAUUCACGGCUUCAUAUAUGUAAAAUCCCAAUGCUCGUGUGCCCCAUUUUCGUCUUUACGAUAAAUAAAUGAUUGGUUAUGGAAAUGAA